AUGGCACAACCGCCGCCUCCCUAUACUUUGCCUCCCAAGCCCUUCCCUCUGGCCGUUGAGUCGAGCAAUGGUGGUAACCGGCCGAAUUAUGUCAUUUUUAUGCCUGACCAGUUGAGAUUCGAUUCUCUUUCAUGUACAACAGAUGGCAAAUCCGGUGUCAGGACUCCCAACAUCGACGCUUUCCGCUCCAGAGCCACCCUUUUCACAAAUUGCUUCACCCAGGCUUCUGUCUGCUCUCAGUCACGAUGCAGUAUGUUCACUGGGGCCUAUCCACACGUGAGCGGACAUCGCAGUCUGGAAAACUUAAUUAAGCCUUGGGAGCCCAACAUUUUCCGAAGCCUCAAGGAGUCAGGGUAUCAUGUGGCCUGUCUCUCGCCCCGUGGUGACACGUUUGCGCCGACAGUCACGGAGCUGAGCGUGACAGAGUACGGCUUCCUUGAGACGCCCGAGUUCGUGCCCAAGUUUGGCAAGGGCACUGUCACGCCGCCUGACAAGGAUGAUAUCUGGGGUCGCCUCUUCUACAAGGGCCUUCGCAACCCACACCAAGCGAUGGACUAUGAUGACGCCGUGGUGCGUUCGGCUCUGAAAUGGCUGGAGUGCCCGCCGGACGAUAAGCCCUGGGUAUUGUUCAUGCCGCUCAUCUUUCCGCAUUGUCCUUUCCAAGUGGAGGAGCCUUAUUUUUCCAUGUAUGAUAGAUCUGCUAUGGCGGAUAUUGUCGCCAAGCCUGGUGCUAAAACGGGUUAUGAGCCCAAGUACAUGGAGACCAUCAGGAAGAGCUACGGCACCGACCGUGCUACGGAUGAAAUCUGGCGUGAGAUCAAAGCCACCUACUACGGUAUGAUCUCUCGCUUGGACGACCAGUUUGGAAAGAUCAUUUCCCGGGUGGAUGAGCUUGGGUUGUGGAAAAACACAGUGACAAUGUUUUUCACAGACCACGGGGAGUACCUGGGUGACCAUGGCCUGAUUGAGAAAUGGCCUUCUGGUCUCUCCUCAACACUUGUCCACGAGCCUUUGAUUAUUGGCGGUGCAGGUCUGCCCGAGAACAAGACAGUUGGUGCGAUGACGGAGAUGGUUGACUUGGUCCCGACCUUGCUGGAAUUCUCUGGUAUAGGAGAGCACUUCCCGCAUAAUGGAAAGUCAUGGGUGCCUCUACUAGUGGGCAACGAGACCACACACAAGAAGUACGCCUUCUCUGAGGGCGGGUUCUUGCUUUCUGAAGAGCCUCUCUUGGAGCAGUCGCCGUAUCCGUACGAUAUCAAAGCUGGACUGCAGCACGAGGACACCUCACUCGUUGGAAAGGCAAUUUCAAUCAGGGAUGAGACGUGGACGUACAUAUACAGGCUGUACGAGCCGGGAGAAUUAUACCAUAGACACAACGAUCCGCAUGAGAUGCACAACCUGGCGGCGGAGCCAGAGCAUCGAAACCUUGUGUGGGAGUUUGAGCGGGAGGUUCUGCGAUGGCUGGUUGAACAGACUGACUUCUUGCCUUGGCAAAAGGAUGUUCGGUUCCCGGAAGUUGAUCUUCCAAGCCCAAGAGAGCAGAUGGAGAGUCGCCUGGCCAGAGCUAAAGCAUUUUCGUAA